AUGGACAAGGCAUCAUCGUUCUCCAUUCACGAAGGAAAGCCGAUUCGAUGCAAAGCAGCAAUAUCUAGGAAACCAGGAGAAGCAUUGGUGAUAGAAGAGAUCCAUGUGGAUCCACCUCAAGCUUACGAAGUUAGGAUUAAGAUCAUAUGUACAUCUUUAUGUCACACCGAUGUUUCUUUCUGGAAAGUAGAAAGUGGACCGCUUGUAAGGUUUCCUAUGAUUCUAGGACACGAAGCAGUCGGUGUGAUCGAGAGUAUUGGUGAACCUGUGAAUGGAUUUCAACAAGGUGACGUCGUUUUGCCAGUGUUUCACCCUCAUUGUGAAGAAUGUAGAGACUGCAAAUCCUCAAAGAGCAACUGGUGUGCAAGAUUUGCCGAUGAUUUUGCAUCAAACACAAGACGGUAUGGAAUGACUUCAGGAUUCAAAGACUCUUCGGGAGAAGAUAUUAACCAUUUUCUCUUUGUCUCAAGUUUUUCUGAAUAUACCGUCGUAGAUAUCGCACAUCUCGUCAAAAUGUCUCCUGAUAUUCCGGUUGAUAAAGCAGCAUUGCUCAGCUGCGGUGUUUCCACAGGAAUUGGAGCAGCUUGGAAAGUGGCUAACAUGGAACAAGGCUCCACCAUUGCACUUUUUGGCCUUCGUGCUGUUGGACUUGCGGUUGCAGAAGGAGCUAGGCUGUGAGUGCGUGGAGCCGGCAAGAUCAUUGGUGUUGAUCUCAAUGCUGAAAAAUUCGACCUAGGUAAGAAAUUUGGUUUCACGGAUUUCAUCAAUCCUACCUUGUGUGGAAAAAAGAAGAUUAGCGAGGGUUCAGGAAAAACGGUAAUAUUGGGGAUAGAUAAGCAUCUAAUGCCAGUAAGUUUGGGUAGCCUUGAUCUUCUUAGAGGGUAGCCUUGAUCUUCUUAGAGGCAGACAUGUUUGUGGAAGCUUGUUUGGUGGUCUUAAA